GCGAGUUCACAUUAGAAAUAUUUAUUUAUAUAUUUAUUUACAUAUUAUUAUAUCAUAUAUUAUUUUUCGAUCAAUAUAAGCUUAAUUUCUUAGAAUUAAUCACAUCAUACCUCGAUCUCUCUCCUCUCCAUCUCUCGAUCUCGAUCUCGUUCCCGUUCUCUGGAGAAGAGAUGAGUCUAUUUGCGAAGAAACCCACCGCAAAAGAGGCGCUUCGGAGUAGUAAACGGGAGGUGUCGCAUGCUACAAGAGGUAUCGAGAGGGAGAUUGGAGCCUUGCAGUUAGAGGAAAAGAAGCUGGUUGCCGAGAUAAAGAGGACUGCCAAAACUGGAAAUGAGGCUGCAACGAAAAUUUUAGCCCGUCAGCUUGUUAGGUUAAGGCAGCAAAUUGCCAAUUUGCAAGGAAAUCGAGCCCAGAUGCGGGGUAUAGCAACCCAUACACAGGCAAUGUAUGCAAAUACUGCAAUGGCUACCGGCAUGGCAGGUGCAAGUAAGGCUAUGGGAGCUAUGAAUAAGCAAAUGGCACCUGCAAAGCAAAUGAAGGUCAUGCAAGAAUUUCAAAAACAAUCGGCACAACUAGAUAUGACGAAUGAGAUGAUGUCUGACUCCAUCGACAAUGUCUUAGAUGAUGACGAGGCCGAAGAGGAAUCCGUGGAACUCACUAACCAGGUCCUUGAUGAAAUUGGUGUUGAUGUCGCAUCACAGCUGUCUUCUGCUCCCAAAGGAAAAAUUGCAGGGAAGAAGGUUCAGAUGGAUGAAAGUUCGGAAAUGGACGAGCUUGUGAAGAGGUUGGCUGGUCUGAAAAAUCCAUAAAUAGAGACCUGUUGAUCCUGCGACUUCUGUUUCCGCACCUGUUUCCAAUUAACGAGGUUUUAUGUAUUAUAAAAGAAAAUCAAAGAUCCCUUGUACUUGAGAAUAGUGAUGUAAAUAAAUAGAUUGAAAAGGAUCAUCUAUUUUGUGCCUCAGUCGAAUGAAAUGUUAGUUGUUUGUCGACAGAGCUUCGUAGUUCCUCUUCAAGUUGAGAAUGAAAAGCUAUGGUUCUUAUCGGAGGUA